UUCAUUAUACUUUUCACACUUCGAAAAUUGUCAUUGUUCAGCGGUCGCCUCGGGAAACGGACUUGCAGUUAGACCAGUCGGAACAUAGAACCAACGAUGAAACCGAACCAACCAGGAUCCCACCAACCGCAAGACGGUUCCUACCCGAUGAUGGGUGGCGAAUACAUGGCCGCCCCAGGCCAGCAGUACUUCCCUCAACAGCAACAACAGCAGGCCAACCACUUCCAGCAAUAUCCGAGCGCCGGUCCGCCGAUGAUGUUCCCGCCGGGAAUGCAACAACCCCACGGUGGCAUGCCUUCGGUGCCUUCGCAACAAUCCCAACCGCCGCAAUACCACUUCCCGCAACAGCUUUCUUCCGGCCAACAGGGGACCGCUACUCCGUCGUACGGCGCCGGGCAGUACUUUAUUGACGCCGCCUGUACGGUUCCCGCUGGUCAGCUGUCCCAACAGCCACAGCUGCUGCACCAGAUGCCGCAAGGGGGACAAGCAGCAGCGUUUCCGGGUGUGACGACCACCAGAGCCUGUAGCAACCCCAACUGCAAGCACUGCGGCAUCAACGGCGGCAAGCCCCAUUCGCGACGCUAGGGAAUGGCCGGAGAUGUCCGGUGGAGCAUAAAUUAG